ACCAGGAAACGGAAAAAUCCCAGCCAUUUUUAGGAAUUCAAGUACGGGAAAAUAACAUAAUUCUAAGGUCAAAAUAAGAGCGAAAGUUGCCGCAUGGUCUUUUAAAUCUGAUUUCUGUUUGAAGGCGCCGUGUAUUAAAAAGUCAUAGAGAACCAGAAGACCUUAACAGAUAAUAGAAGAAGGAAGAUGAUGUCCUUUGGCGACAUGCAGAAGACAAUAAACAACCCGGUUAUUCCAUAUAUUAGGACUAUCCUUGGUGGCCUUCAACCCCUAGAGCUAGUGGUAGUGCGUGGAUAUGUUCCAGAAGAUUCAGAUAGGUUCCAGGUAGACUUCCAGUGUGGCAAUAGUGCGAAACCUCGUGCUGAUGUCGCCUUCCAUUUCAAUCCCCGGUUUAAAAAAUCUGGUUGCAUUGUUUGCAAUACCCUAGAGCACGAAAGAUGGGGUUCGGAAGAGAUCGUGUACGUGAUGCCUUUUGAAAAAGGAAAAUCAUUUGAGAUUGUUUUCAUGGUUCUGCUCGAUAAAUUCCAGGUUGCUGUAAAUGGAAAACAUUUGUUGAUCUACAAGCAUAGAAUUAACCUUGAAAAAAUAAAUACACUUGGAAUAUAUGGAAAAGUGGAAGUCCAGAUGAUUGAUUUUAUUUCAAAUAACUCUUUUCAAGGUUCUCAGCCAUCCUUGCUAGGGGCAACCAAGGAAAAGGACAAAGUACCUAGGGAAUCACAGUUUGUAGUUCCUUAUGUUGCACCACUUAAUUCUGCUGUUGCGCCUGGACAAACCAUUGUCAUUAAAGGAGAAGUUAAUGAAAAUGCAAAUAGCUUUUCUAUAAACCUUAAACCCAGUGACACAUCAGAUAUUGCUCUGCAUUUGAAUCCCCGAAUAAAAGCUAAUGUUUUUGUGAGGAAUUCUUACCUGCAUGACAGUUGGGGAGAAGAAGAAAGGAAUAUCAAUCAUUUUCCUUUUUGUCCAGGAAUGUAUUUUGAGCUGAUAAUAUUCUGUGAUGCUCUUCAUUACAAAGUUGCUGUGAAUGGUGUGCACACUCUGGAGUACAAGCAUCGGUUCAAACAACUUGGCAAGAUUAACACAUUGGAAAUCUGUGGGGAUAUUCGACUGCUGGAUGUCAGAUACUGGUAGCCAUGAAGCAUGUUCUGUUUGCAUUAAAGAAUGUUUCUCUGAUCACUUUUUGUAAUCUGGGAAAGACAGGGAGCAGUGAUAAUCUAAUGUGUAAAUUGCAACUAUUCUCAAUAUAAAAUAUCAGCUUUGCUCGAGAUUACCAGUGCUAUAUUCAUACAAGUGAAUCAGCAGGCUACACUAGCAUUCUAUGACCCUGCCCCUGAUUAUUUUGUAACUGAAGGACUGGAAGAUUUUGAAAAACUGUUUACUUUCACCAGGCUCUCACCUUUUUAGAACAUUAUAGAAAGUAUUACAAACCAGCAAAAGCCAUUAGAUGUAUAUGUUUAACAUGUUGCAUUAUAUUACAAGGACAUCAGUAUUCCAUUAGGGAUAGUGUGUGGCAACCAAGACAAUGUUGACUACGUCUCCCUCUGAUGCAAGACUGGACACAGAUGGACCAAAUGGUAGGAUGCAGUCCACCAUUAUCAGUCUUUCUCUGCUUAUUAAAAUAGUUAAGAAGUUAAAACUUCCACCACAGGUCUUAUUUCACAAAAAACAUGGAAAAGUUUGUAUUCCCACAAAGUCUUUAUACAGCUUUGGAGAGUUCAAAACUGAAUUGUAAUUUAUGUGAAGCAGUGUAGAAAACUCCCUGCUUGAAAAAUAAAACUAAUAUUGUACAAA